AUGAGCGCCGCGGCAGACGUCAUCUUGCUUGAUUCCUCGCCGGAGCAGCCUUCGUCUCACACUCCAGCGCGCGCUACUUCUGACCCGACGGAACUGGCAGGGGUCUCCCCGCGAGAAUUAUCGUCGCCGCCAGUUCUGUCGCCGUCAGAAUUGUUCCGAGCUCCUUCGCGGUCCCGCUUCUUCACCGCCGACAAUCAAAGCGCCAACCGGUCGAACGUUAAGGGAAAGAACGCACCCAAUAGGAGAGACGGAACUUCAGAAGAUCUUGAUGUGGAAGGGGAGGAAACAAUCCCACAGAAGAAACCGAAACGAGGGCGGCCGAAAGCCACGAACAAGGAGCAAGAAGGCCUGGAAACUACAACCUCGGAUCAGAACCAGAAGGAAACCGCGCCGAAAAAGCCAAGGGCAACAAAAGCGAAAUCUACGGAGGGCCCAAAAAAGCGCGGAAGGCCCAGCACGAAGACUGCUACGAAUAAUAAUAAAACUCUGUCGGGACGGGUUGCGAAGGCCGGGAAUGCGCAGCCAAAGGAGCCCGAUGAAAAAACCAAACGUCCAUCGACCCCGAAAUCUUCGUCCCGGGAGACCUCCGCCAAGGAUCCAGUUGACUGGGAAAAAGAAGGACUACAAUUGGAGGCAGCUACGAAACGGAGGUUGGAUUGGACACCCACUAAAGACACAAUGAAUCGGGCCGUCGAGACAGAUAAGGUUGAAGGAGUGGGCGACGACACAUCGAACGGAUUCGGAUCUCUAUUAGAAGACUAUAACUUCAGCGGAGGCUUUCCGCUUCCUCAGACCAGUUCUGGAAUUCCUGAGGAGGGUUUCAUUACAAAGCGGAGACGAAUCGAACUCGUCGAUUCUAGGCUCAAUCCUGAAUCAAGACAAAGGAGUUCCGAAGAGGACAAGCCGUCCGCUGAAGAAGACCACUCAUCCAAUGCCCCGGCUCCCAAGAAGAGAAGGCAGGAACAGCCUAAGAAGCUUACUACACUCACAGCCCGAGUGACGGCGCAAUAUAACAAUAACCCCACGGAAAGCUCGGAUCUUUUGGCAACCACGAGGAAAGAUUCCCCUUUUGUUCAAACUAAGAAAACCAAAUCGAAAGGAAAAGGCAAAACAAAGCUUCAGGAACCCGAAUUCAUUGUUCUUUCCCCUGAAGCGGCUGCCAAAUCCCUUGAUGACCAAGACCUCGUAUUUGGGACCUGCAGUCAGCUGCAACGAGAAGACUCUCCAACCCUUCUAAAAGAAACGCAAGCAGCAAUUCUUGAGUCGGAGAAGAGCAUUAUAUCCGCGUCAACGCCUCGAGACCCGUGGUUUCAAUCGUCCUCCACCACCACAGUCGCCCGUUUUAUGACGCCGAAGAAUCUAUGGUCCGUUGCGGCGAGAGAUACCGAGGGGUCAUUAACUCAGGUCGAAGUCGUUGAUCUAUCGGAAUCGCCUGAUUUACCCAAACUCUCGUUUCUCAAUAACAACAAAGCUCAAGCUGCUUCAAAGAAGAAACAGAGCAAGGAGCCUGACGUUACGCCCGAUUUUACACCUGAUGACUUAAGCCACAAUGAAGUACCGGAGCUUAAGGAGACGUCAUCUUCAGGUAAAGAGCUGUCUCAAGUAGCAAGCCAGAACACAAACACAGAAGGUGGAUCCAAGGAGAAGACCCAGCCUCCGGAAUCUCUUCCUCAAAAGCCUCGAUAUGCGGGGUUUACAGAUGCCGAAUUAUCCAGUCAGGUGGCAGCCUACGGGUUCAAGGCCGUCAGAAACCGCAAGAAAAUGAUCGAAUUGCUCCAGAAAUGCUGGGAAUCUAAACAUGCCCCAAGCGUGAGCGUGGAUGGGCAACAGAAUCAGGAUAAUGUACCACUUAAACCGACCACGGAAGCCGCACCACAGUCACAAACAACCGGUAAAGGGACUCGCAAGGCUGCCAGCACUUCUCAAGCGACGACCACAAAAGUCAAGAAGACUCAACCAAGCAAAACAACAAAAUCCACGACAAAAUUGAAAAACAAGCCAUCUACAUCACCCCUCAAAGCUAGUACCCAGCAACCCGCUUCUCAGCUUGAAUCAUCACAGGUUGUCCCCUCUAUCCGUUCCUUCGCCGAAAUCGAGGAAAUCCAAGACUCCGAAGACGAGCUCACCCCCUCUCCCAGCCGACUCCUGGGCCAAUACCUCCCUACCACCGAGAGACAGUCUCUACCUAUGUCCCCAAUUCCACCAACCCCAACUCGCAGCACCACAAGAUCUCAUCUCCAACAAUCAGCUGCCCCUCAACCCACCAAGCCCAGCGCUCCACCCGAUCUAGCUAACCAGAUCACCAAAGCCGUCCGGGCUCAGGCUCAACAUCGCGCCUCCAAGCCUCCUCACAAGCAUCUCACCUGGCACGAGAAGAUGCUGAUGUAUGAUCCCAUCAUCCUAGAGGAUUUUACGGGUUGGUUGAAUACAGAGGGUCUGGCGCUUGUGGCCGAGGAUAGAGAAGUCGGGGCUGGAUUCGUGCGGCAGUGGUGUGAAACCCACAGUAUUUGUUGCUGCUAUCGGUGA